GAGAGAGAGACACCUGUGGGCUUGCUCACCUGUUUAAACAUCGAUCAGCUCACAAUUCACAUGAUUCUAACGCACGAGUAUCGGAGCAUCAUCCGGGGAUCCCAGAGGAAACUGUUCAUUCGUGUUGAGCAUCAUGUCUCUCAGCUGUGAUCUGCUCUGAGUUCAUGGCCUCUGAUAGGUCUCCAGUCAGAGAUGCUCAAGAGAAGAAGAAGAAGAAAGCGGAGCGGAGCGGGACGGACAGAGCUGAUGUGCAGGAGACAGACGCUCAGCAGGAGAUCCAGAGACUGACCGCAGCUGGACAUGCAGCUCUGCAGAGCGGACACAACAACACAGCGCUGCAGAGCUUCAGGAGCGCGUUACAGGCUGCCUCCAAGCUCGGAGAGAAGAGACUGCGGCGCAGCUGCACGUUUAAUCUGGGCGCGGCGUACGUGGAGGCGGGCGAGCCUCAGAAGGGGCUGGAUGUCCUGUCACGCUCACAGCCGGGCGAGAGAGGCGAGUGGAUCGCAGACCUGCAGUUUAACCUGGCCACGGCCCACGAGGCUCUGGGGGACCGAACGCAGGCGGCGAGACACUAUCUGCAGGCCGCACAGCUGUACAGAUCACAGGGAGACGCCGGGGCCGAGGGACACACCUGCGUCAGACUCGCACACUGCCACCUGCUGAGAGAGCAGUGGGAUGAGGCUGUAGCUAGUUUCCAGCGAGCCGCUGAGAGUUAUAAACUAGCGGGAAACACAUCUGCAGCUGCACUGGCACUGAGGGAUGCUGGGAAACACAUGAUGCAGAGCGGCCGCAGCUCGAGCGAUGACAUCAUCAGCGUGCUGACCGACAGCCUGGAGAUGAGCGUGAACAUAAGCGAUCAGCAGACACUAGGGAAGCUGCUGAGUGAUGUGGCUCUGAGUUUCUCUCAGAUGAGGCUGUUCUCCGAGGCGUCCGAGUGUUUCGAGCAGGCGCUUCCUCUGGUCUCUUCCAAACCGCACAGACUGGCUGUGGUUCUGCAGAAUCUGGGCGCCGUCUAUAACAGUUUGGGUCAGUACGAGCAGUCCCUGAGGUUCCACCGAGAGGCAGCGGCGCUCCACGGCUCUCUGGGCAGUCGUGGAGCUCAGGGUCGCUGCUUCAGUAAUCUGGGGUUUGCUCUGAUGGAGCUGGGAGAGCUGGAGGAGGCGUGGGAGAGUUACCUACAUGCUCAGCAGUCCUUCAGAGACACCGAUGACCCGUCGGGUCAGUGGCAGGCCUGUGAGGGUCUCGGUGGGAUCAAACUUCAGAUGAAGGAUCCAGAUAAAGCUGCCAUGUACUAUAAAGAUGCCCUACGACUGCUGUGCAAAUGCCAGGACGUGUCUGCUUCAGUGCAGGAGCAUCUGGUCAGUGAACUGAGUGAAGCGUUACAGCAGAAGCUGCUCCUACAGCAGAGAGGACCACAUCAUGACCGCCGACAGCCCCGGAUGAUGGCUGUGAGGUCUGAUGUCCAGCGGUGGAGGAGAGAGAUGCAGAACGGAGGAAACGCACCACCAGACGGGAAGCAGCACAGCCGAACCAUCACCUCAUCAGAGACACUCCUGCAGCAGGAGCAAGAACCAGCUCAUCCUCACAGCACACUGCCAGAGGCCAACAGGAAUCUGAAUAACACGUAUGAUAAAGCAGAAGUGAAUCAGCAGAUCGUCCCAUCAGAGUCUUCAGGAUCACCAGCACACGGGGAUGUGUCUGCUGUGAAGCCGAGGCAGAUGAACGGCAGACACCCAUUGGUCAGGAGCACGGUGGCUCCGCCCAUCACUCACCCUGAUAGCGAUGAGGCCCCGCCCCUGAUGAGGAGACUGAAGUCCAGAUUCUGCACGGUCAUGUGACAUAAAGGAUAAUAUCUCCUAGAAAUGAGCUUUUCUAGUUUCUCAGGAAUUGUGUUUGCCAUGAAGACACUUCCAGACUGCAAAGAUUAAAGAUGAAGCAGGAACUGAACUCUCCAGAGGAGCUGCACCUGCAUUAGUAUAUAACAGAUGUUCUAUUAAAAUGAGACAUUUGAAAGGGUGGAUGAGACGCCCUGAACUCUUGUGAUGCCAACCGUGUGAUCAUAAAUCAUGUGUUAUUUCAUGCAGU